AUGGUGCCCACAGUGACAGACUCUGCCAUUCCCCCACGCCUGGGUCCAGUCCUGCCAGUGCCCACAGUGACAGACUCUGCCAUUCCCUCACGUCUGGGUCCAGUCCUGAUGGUGCCCACAGUGACAGACUCUGCCAUUCCCCCACGCCUGGGUCCAGUCCUGCCAGUGCCCACAGUGACAGACUCUGCCAGUCCCUCACGCCUGGGUCCAGUCCUGCUGGUGCCCACAGUGACAGACUCUGCCAUUCCCUCACGCCUGGGUCCAGUCCUGCCGGUGUCCACAGUGACAGACUCUGCCAGUCCCUCACGCCUGGGUCCAGUCCUGCCAGUGCCCACAGUGACAGACUCUGCCAUUCCCUCACGCCUGGGUCCAGUCCUGCUGGUGUCCACAGUGACAGACUCUGCCAGUCCCUCACGCCUGGGUCCAGUCCUGCUGGUGUCCACAGUGAUAGACUCUGCCAGUCCCUCACGCCUGGGUCCAGUCCUGCUGGUGCCCACAGAGAUUGCUGCCAUUCACCCACACCUGGGUCCAGUCCUGUUGGUGUCCACAGUGACAGACUCUGCCAUUCCCCCACACCUGGGUCCAGUCCUGCCAGUGCCCACAGUGACAGACUCUGCCAUUCCCUCACGUCUGGGUCCAGUCCUGCUGGUGCCCACAGUGACAGACUCUGCCAUUCCCCCACGCCUGGGUCCAGUCCUGCUGGUGCCCACAGUGACAGACUCUGCCAGUCCCUCACGUCUGGAUCCAGUCCUGCCAGUGCCCACAGUGACAGACUCUGCCAUUCCCUCACGCCUGGGUCCAGUCCUGCUGGUGCCCACAGUGACAGACUCUGCCAUUCCCUCACGCCUGGGUCCAGUCCUGCCGGUGCCCACAGUGACAGACUCUGCCAUUCCCUCACGUCUGGGUCCAGUCCUGCUGGUGCCCACAGUGACAGACUCUGCCAUUCCCUCACGCCUGGGUCCAGUCCUGCUGGUGUCCACUGUGACAGACUCUGCCAGUCCCUCACGCCUGGGUCCAGUCCUGCCGGUGUCCACAGUGACAGACUCUGCCAGUCCCUCACGCCUGGGUCCAGUCCUCCUGGUGCCCACAGUGACAGACUCUGCCAGUCCCUCACGCCUGGGUCCAGUCCUGCUGGUGUCCACAGUGACAGACUCUGCCAGUCCCUCACGCCUGGGUCCAGUCCUCCUGGUGUCCACUGUGACAGACUCUGCCAGUCCCUCACGCCUGGGUCCAGUCCUCCUGGUGUCCACUGUGACAGACUCUGCUAGUCCCUCACGCCUGGGUCCAGUCCUGCCGGUGUCCACAGUGACAGACUCUGCCAGUCCCUCACGCCUGGGUCCAGUCCUCCUGGUGCCCACAGUGCCAGCAGCACAUUCAUGA